AUGGCGCAGCCGGGCCCGGCUUCUCAACCUGACGUUUCUCUUCAGCAGCGGGUAGCAGAAUUGGAAAAAAUUAAUGCAGAAUAUUUACGUGCACAGCAGCAGCUUGAACAAGAAUUUAAUCAAAAGAGAGCAAAAUUUAAAGAGUUAUAUUUGGCUAAAGAGGAGGAUCUGAAGAGACAAAAUGCAGUGUUACAAGCUGCACAAGAUGAUUUGGGACACCUUCGAACACAGCUGUGGGAAGCACAAGCAGAAAUGGAGAAUAUCAAGGCCAUUGCCACAGUCUCUGAGAAUACCAAACAAGAAGCUAUAGAUGAAGUAAAAAGACAGUGGAGAGAAGAAGUUGCUUCCCUUCAGGCUGUUAUGAAAGAAACAGUUCGUGAUUAUGAGCACCAGUUCCACCUUCGCCUGGAGCAGGAACGAACACAGUGGGCACAGUAUCGAGAAUCUGCAGAGAGGGAAAUAGCUGAUUUAAGGAGAAGGUUGUCUGAAGGUCAAGAGGAAGAAAAUUUAGAGAAUGAAAUGAAAAAGGCCCAAGAAGAUGCUGAAAAACUUCGGUCUGUUGUGAUGCCCAUGGAGAAGGAAAUUGCAGCUUUGAAAGAUAAACUGACAGAGGCUGAAGACAAGGUUAAAGAGCUGGAAGCCUCAAAGGUUAAAGAACUGAAUCAUUAUCUGGAGGCUGAGAAAUCUUGUAGGACUGACCUAGAAAUGUAUGUAGCUGUUUUAAAUACUCAGAAAUCCGUUCUGCAGGAAGAUGCUGAGAAACUGCGAAAAGAAUUGCAUGAAGUUUGCCAUCUUUUGGAGCAAGAGCGACAACAACACAAUCAGUUAAAACAUACGUGGCAGAAGGCCAAUGACCAGUUUCUGGAAUCUCAGCGUUUGCUGAUGAGGGACAUGCAGAGAAUGGAGAUUGUGUUAACUUCAGAACAGCUCCGACAAGUUGAAGAACUGAAGAAGAAAGAUCAGGAGGAAGAUGAACAACAAAGACUUAAUAAGAGAAAGGACCACAAAAAAACAGAGGUUGAGGAAGAAGUGAAACUACCAGUAGUGUGUGCUUUAACUCAUGAAGAAUCUUCAGCGCAGUUAUCAAAUGAAGAGGAGCAUUUAGAUAGUACCCAUGGUUCAGUCCAUUCCUUAGAUGCAGAUUUACUGUUGCCAUCUGGAGAUCCAUUCAGUAAAUUGGACAAUGACAUGUUUAAAGAUGGACUCAGGAGAGCACAGUCUACAGACAGCUUGGGAACCUCAGGCUCGCUGCAAUCCAAAGCUUUAGGCUAUAACUACAAAGCAAAAUCUGCUGGAAACCUGGACGAAUCAGAUUUUGGACCACUAGUAGGAGCAGAUUCUGUGUCUGAGAACUUUGAUACUGCCUCCCUUGGGUCACUGCAAAUGCCAAGUGGGUUUACAUUAACCAAAGAUCAGGAAAAAGCAAUCAAGGCAAUGACACCCGAACAAGAAGAGACUGCGUCUCUACUCUCCAGUGUCACCCAGGGUAUGGAAAGUGCUUAUGUGUCUCCCAGUGGUUAUCGCUUAGUCAGUGAGACAGAAUGGAAUCUCCUGCAGAAAGAGGUACAUAAUGCUGGAAAUAAACUUGGUAGACGUUGUGAUAUGUGUUCCAAUUAUGAAAAACAGUUACAAGGAAUUCAGAUUCAGGAGGCCGAAACAAGAGACCAGGUGAAAAAACUACAGGUGAUGCUAAGACAAGCAAAUGACCAGUUAGAGAAGACAAUGAAAGAUAAACAGGAGCUAGAAGACUUCAUAAAGCAGAGCACUGAAGAUUCAAGUCAUCAGAUCUCAGCACUUGUCCUAAGAGCCCAAGCAUCUGAGGUUUUACUUGAAGAGUUACAACAGGGGUUUUCCCAAGCAAAGAGGGAUGUUCAGGAACAGAUGGCAGUGCUGAUGCAGUCACGGGAACAGGUUUCUGAAGAGUUGGUGAGGUUACAAAAAGACAAUGACAGUCUUCAGGGAAAGCAUAGCUUGCACGUGUCAUUACAGCAAGCAGAAGACUUCAUUUUACCAGACACUAUAGAGGAACUCCGGGAAUUGGUAUUAAAAUACCGUGAGAACAUCAUUAAUGUGCGGACAGCAGCAGACCACAUGGAAGAGAAGCUGAAGGCUGAAAUUCUUUUCCUAAAAGAACAGAUUCAAGCGGAACAGUGUUUAAAAGAGAACCUUGAAGAAACUCUGCAAUUAGAAAUAGAAAACUGCAAGGAAGAAAUAGCUUCCAUUUCUAGCUUAAAAGCUGAAUUAGAAAGAAUAAAAAUAGAAAAAGGACAGUUGGAGUCUACGUUGAGAGAGAAGUCUCAACAGCUGGAGAGCCUUCAGGAAAUGAAAGCCACUUUGGAAGAACAGUUAAAGAAAGAGGCUACUGCUAAGGUUACCAUUGAACAACUAAUGUUUGAAGAGAAGAACAAAGCUCAGAGGUUGCAGACAGAACUAGAUGUCAGUGAACAAGUCCAGAGGGAUUUUGUAAAGCUUUCUCAGACCCUUCAGGUGCAGUUAGAGCGGAUCCGGCAAGCAGACUCCUUGGAGAGAAUCCGGGCAAUUCUGAAUGAUACCAAACUGACAGACAUUAACCAGCUUCCUGAGACAUGA